AUGCAAUUUGCCAACCAAACCAGUGGAAAUGAUUUUACCAUUCUGGGAUUUUUAAGUGUAGCAGAACCCAACAUCCCUCUCUUCAUUCCAUUUCUUCUUAUUUUCCUACUGACUGUCACUGGUAAUCUCAUCAUUAUGACUGUAGUCAUAAUAGACCACUCUCUUCAAACGCCCAUGUACUUUUUUCUCACCAAUCUCUCUUUUCUGGAGAUAUGGUACACAAUGACAAUCGUACCCAAACUCCUAGCCAACCUAUUGCUGAAGAGUAAUAAUAUUUCUUUUGCCGGGUGUAUGACCCAACUGUUUUUCUUUGUUACAUUUGGAGCCACUGAGUGUUACUUACUGUUAGUUAUGGCUUAUGAUCGCUACUUGGCCAUUUGUAAACCACUUUAUUAUUCUUGCCUAAUGGACACUAGUACAUGUUUCCAGCUAGUUGCAGGUUCCUGGAUAACUGGGGUGCUGACAGGGUUGAUUCCUGUUCUACUUAUUGCCAGGUUAGAUUUUUGUAAGUCCCGACAAGUAAAUCACUUCUUUUGUGACAUCCCCCCUCUCCUAGAGUUAUCUUGCGGUAACAUCUACUCCACAGAAAUCUCCAUUUUUAUUUUAUCACUUGUUGUGCUUUUUUCCUCUUUAUUACUGACCUUGGUGUCGUAUUUGUUCAUUGUGAUCUCUAUAUUCCAAAUGAAGUCUAAUAGUAGCCGGAGUAGAACUUUCUCCACAUGUGGAGCUCACCUUACUGUGGUAUUGAUCUAUUAUGGAACUAUGAUAUUUAUGUAUGUUGGUCCUCACUCAAAGUAUUCCUCUGAGCUAAAGAAAUUUGUCUCUGUAUUCUACACUGUUGUGACUCCUGGAUUAAAUCCUAUCAUCUACAGUCUACGAAACAAAGAGUUCAAAGUGUCUGCUAAAAAAAUCAUAUGGAGAUUUCUACCAUCAGGCUUCAAUCGACAAAGAUUUUCAAUGAAGAAAAAUGUAAGGAAUGCUUUCUGGAAGCAUAUUUGA